AUGCCGCCCGUCAUGGGUAAACCCACCUCUACCGCCAGUCCGUCAACGCGCAGCAGCGCGCGUCCUCGGCGCCAGCGAUCAUCGGCAGCAGACACCAUCACGGUCAAGCAGAAGAUGUCUGCAAUCCUCAUCUCCGACAGCAGUGAUCCAGUCGUUCCUACCAACGCCGAUUCUCAAGAUCAAUCAAUAUCGACAUCGAACAGACCGUGGGGUCGCAAGGGAAAGACGCCAAGCGCCUCCAAGGCGCAACACGACAACGACAAUGACGAUGAAGUCGAGGAGUAUGAACUCAAGGACACGGACUACGAUAUGGGAACCGACGAAGAUGAUGUAUUCAGCGACAAUCAGUCCGUCAUCUCCGUGGAGUCGUCUUCCGAAGAUGACAGCGAGGAAUACGCCCUGUCCGAUCGACCAUGGAUUGAAUUCUCUCCAAGAGCGCGCAAGCAGUGGGAGUUGAUGUACAGUCAGGUCUGCAUUCGCCGAAUCCACGACAACUGGGAGAUGACCGAGCUGUACCAGCAAGAUAAGGACCUCGAGAUGCUCCGCUACAUUGAAGACUUUCCAAUUCCUCAAUGGCUCAUCCCCCAAGACGAAGCGAUGCUAGCAUACCAGCGCUUGCACGAGCGCCAACGCUGGCGAAAGCUUGGAAUCCCCAUCUACGGACAACACCCUACCGGCCGGGAAGCGCAUACGUAUUCUCAAGAUCGCCUGCCGCGAGAGCCAUCUCGACCUCUCCCACCGCAGCGAGCAUCUCAGGAUAGACGUCGAUCUCAAGAUGUAACAGAGCCAGUACCUCAACAACAGGUUUUGCAGUCCCAGCACGCACCUCGGCAGGAUACUGCACAUCAAACUCCCGCUCAGCAGAACACUCCCCAGCAUGCAGAUCCUCAACAAGGUCAGACGCAACAAGUCCUUCCUCAGCAAAAUGCUACUCAGCAGGACCCUGCGCAGGAGAACACCAAGCAGCAACCCAUUCCACAGCAGAACGUGCCUCAUCAGAAUCUACCUCAGCAGAAUGUGCCACACCCACAGCAGAACAUGCCGCAGUACCCGCCSCAGAACAUGCAGCAGAACAUGCCGCACCCUAUGUCAGGACAUCCGAUGGCGCACACUCCAAACGCCCAACAAGGUAUGGCACCACCAGGCAUGCAGUAUCCUUCGAUACACCCCGGUAUGCCACCAGCAGGGGCGAUGUACUUCCCACCACCACCAGGUAUGCCGUGGCCUUAUCAUCAGUACGCUCAGCCUCACCCACAGCAAGGUCACCCGAUACCGUCGUAUCAGUAUCCGCCAAGUGCAUACGGUCAUCCUGGAAUGGGCUACCCGGCCGGGCCUCCGCCUGCGCCAUACAGUCACUACCAGCCGCCAACCCCAUACAAGUACAACGAGCCGACUAAGCGUCGAGCCAAAAAGGAAACACCUCCCCCACAAUCUCCUCCACCCCCUCCGCAGACCCCACCGUACGCAGCACGAAAGCGUCCGAUCGAAAAGAAGCCCGGCAACAAGCCUGGUCGUAAGAGCAUGCGCAAACACGCCGAAGCCGAAGAAUUCCCUUGGACGCGCAACCUGGACUUCAAGGCGGAGAAGGCCAAGGCCGCUUGGGACCUCAGCGUCUACGACCCGGAAACACUCAAUGAUAUGGCAAUGACACGCACCAAAAACAUUGCAGUCAUCGAAGACAUCGACGCCAAAAUCCAAGAACAACAGCGUAAGCGCUUACAAGAAAAGAACGCUCUCGCAAAGCUGACAACACAUGCUGCAGGCAUCGCCCGCGCCGCUAAAAAGCUCAAGGAAAAGGCGGGCAAUCCCUCUGAAGUUGACGGUAAGAAGGUACGACAGAAGAGGGAGGGCCGUCCGAAAGGUGAUGUUGGUGGUGAUCCUUACCACUCUGGAGUUUAUGCCUUUUCCACUCCUGCGGACGAGGAGAAGGCCGCUCAUCUUGGGUUCACGUCUCCUGAUGAAGUCAUUGACGCAGCAGAGGAGGGAGAAGUUGACCCAGAGGUGCAGGCGAGUAUCAAAAUCUACUGGGACCCAGGUAAGAAGGGCAUGACGGAGAAUCUCGAGCAAGCCAAGUUCUCAGUGCGCGAUACCGUCGUCACCCGCAAGCAACUUGAGAACACUCCAAUUCUCACAAAGGUCGCCGCGGAGUGCAUUGUUGACUUUUGCCCGGAUUUGCUGUGGCGAUCGAUGCUCCUUCGCAUCACGAGUGAGGCUGGUUGUGGAAACAAGGAUGUUCGAGAUCGUUUCUGCCACAACGGCUGCUACUGUGACAAGGCUACCAUAACGAAGCGCAUCUCUGCUGCGCUGGGACAGAAGCAGACUCAGCCCAAAUCGAAGGGAUACCAGCCAGGAGAGUGGGAGUGGUAUGAUGAGAACGUCAAGGACUUUAGCAAGUACAUCGACUACUUCGGCAUGCGGACCAGUCAUCGAAACAUGCUCAAGAUUCAGAUGGCUGGCGAGAAGCGAAAGCGAGACACGCAUACCUCUGGCGAAGAACCCAAGGACAACAACGAGCCGGACCAGAGCAAGCGACAGAAGGCUAGCAACGUCGCCAUCGCGCCAAAGGCGGUUGAUGCGGCGGAGGAGGCGGAUGUUGAAGCGAACAGGCCGAACGACGUCGAAGCCGGGAACGAGAGCGCUGAUGAUUCCGACGAUAGCAACRCGGUCUCACUUCAAGACUCUGACGUUCUCGAUAAGAUGGAGGAUUGA